GGAAAUACAUUUUAUUGUUAAAUUGAUAAGCUCACCUUUUGUAUUCGGCCUGUCAAAAAACAAAAAAAAUUUGCAACAAAAAUUGCAUUAUCUUAUUAAAAAUGUUGAUGGGGAUGAUUUUAAAUGAUUCUAUAAAGAUAAUUAGGACACUGCCCAUAGUGCUAGUGAUUUGUUAGUUUUUAUCUUCUGACCUAGACUUGACAACUGUAGUCUGCUGGUAAUAACAGGAAACUCUUUUUUUCUUAUAGUUUGUACAAAUGAGACUCGCAACAUUUACUGUCAUUAGCAAAGUGUUGGGAGACUUUGCAUGUAAAGUGAGAAUAAACAUUGAUUGUAACAAAUCCUGUGCUGCUCAAUUCAGGUUGUAAAAUCCAAAAUGAACAAAAAAAGAUCUUACUUUACUGAAUGGUGGUGUAUUAUGAUACGUGAGUUAUAUUCAUCUUAUCUGACCCCAGGAAGAAAGGGAGGGCUUGAAAUUUGUUAAAACAAAGGAAACUGGAUUUCACACAGGCAGCCUUUCCAGGGCUGGGACAGAAAGGGAAACUCCUUUUUGAAGAACAUCAGAAUCCAAAGGGAUUUGGCUGUGACUGCAAAUAGAGCUUCAAAGAGAAAUGAUCCACAAUUUUAUACUAUAAUUACAUCAGUUUAUUUAAACUGAAAUUUUUUUUCUAUAGUGAUUUUACAAUCAGAUACCGCAGGUUUUUAGUCAUGUUAGUUGUCAAAAUACAAACUUGAGCUGUAUUGCACUGGACUUGGAUUUUAUUCCACUUCAUGGGGAUGUCUGUUGUGAAUCUAAGAAUUGUGUUCAGACUUCAAGAAAAGAUGAGUAACAACUGCUGAAGUGACAUUCCGAUAAGAGAAGGGAAAUCGCUGUGACAAAAAGCGCUUCUCCUUGCAAUACAUCCAAAGCUCUGCAAAGGUUCUACAAUGUUCCACGAAGAGAAAAAGGAAGGAAGUCCCAGAUUCGGGAAGUUAAAUUUUCCUGUGGGCCUCUGGAUUAAUUCUCCAAAGAAGCACUUUGCCAAGCUAGGCAGACGCUGGCCUAGUGUUGUCUCCAUCAAGUCCACCUCUUCAGACACAGGCAGCCGCAGCAGUGAGCCCGUUGAGCUACGCCAACCAAACAAGAACAAAAACAAUCGACACAAACGCCUGUCUAACCUCUUCCACCGCAGCACAAUACUUGUGACCGGCAGCAUCAGUGCUGGCAGUUCGACUGGGCGCUGGGCUAGUGAGAAGAAGUUGUCAGAAAUCAUUGAUUCAGUACCAGAAGACCUGGUAGAGCUUUCUAGCCAGAAGAAUCUGCCUGGCAUUCUUAAGAUAUUUGGUGAUGAUAUUUCGUCUGGUACCAACUACAAGAGUGUUCUGGCCACUCCACGGUCCACAGCACGGGAGCUGGUAAAGGAAGCUCUGGAGAGGUAUGCUGUAGCGGAUGCAGAUGCAGAAGCAUUUGUCCUUUGUGAUGUAGUGGGACGUUUUGUGGGUUACGAUGGAGAAUGGAAGAUGGAGUAUCUACGCAUAGUGGGGGACAAUGAACGGCCUCUGGUCUUACAAGAAAUGUGGAAGCCUAAAGCUGGUUUCUCUCGGCGGUUUGAAAUUAGGCGCAAAGAAGAAGUGGAGAAGAUGACUGUAGCAGAAGAUAAUGAGACAGCAGGUGGGCAUGGAAUCAAUGCUCAAGCUCGUAGACUACAGAAGAGUCGCUCCCGGGCAGCUUCUGGUGGAAAUGCCCCACUAAGAGAGAGAGACGAGAGCAUCUCCUUGCGUCGCAGCAUAAGCGACAUCAACUUAAACAGCAAGAAGCGAAGGGAUCGGAAGAGCAUAAAGAGCAUGGUAACCAGUGACUCCGAUGCUGGGCAAGAUGGAGAUCCAAAUCAAAAAGACGGAAUGCAGAAUUCAGCUGAAAGGAAUAGCAAUGUUCAUGGUACAGAUGACCCUACAGACCAACCUGAUUUGGACUUUGAACGUUUUACUCAAUAUUUGAUUCAGCCCCCAUCAGAGCAUCCAUACUUUCUUCUACUGCAAGGCUACAAUAUAGAUGUGGACUUUGUUAUUUAUGUGAUGACCCGAAAGAAACAUCUGUUUGGAAGAGCAGAAAAAGCUUCAAGGGACAAAGGACCUUACGUUGAUACUUUCCUGUCAGCUCCAGAUAUACUGCACCGUCACUGUUGUGUAUGGAGGUUAGAUUCCUCAUCUCAAAAGAACCUAGUCCGUGUAAGACCUUACCGGGGAGCCCUUGUUACUCAUAAUGGGGCAGUACUUCAGAGAGAAGCUGAACUCCACACUGGUGAUUUACUGGGGCUUGGAGAGCAUUUUCUCUUUAUGUACAAGGACCCUAGAGUGCCACAGUCCAGACCUGCCUGGCUUCCUCAGUCCUGGUCCUCUCCUGGCCUGAGUGGGGCCUUUUCAUGUCAAAUGUGUGGGAGAUCACUCCAGGAGCGACAAGAGGCUGUCCAAGCUUAUAUAGAGAGCAAGGAUUUGGUGCUACAAUACCGCUCACAGGAAGAGGAUGCUGUAUUAAAAGAGAUUAUUGAGAAAAACGGCAACCCAAGCACUGAAUUCAAACUGUCCCCUGCCUAUCUCUUCAGCCUCUGUAUUGAGCACUCAACAAAAGCCCUGGAUCCUGGACACUUUCCUAAACUGUUAAUGAAGAUUGCCACCAUGAUUAAGGAAGUUGUCUGGGAGAAGAUUAAAGAAAUUGGAGACAAACAACCAGAAAACCAACAAGAAAAAAGUUUCUUGAGUACAUUGGGGAUUGAGGAGGUGGCCACUGAUCUUCGACCCUUAAUGCUAUGGAUGGCGAAUUCCAUGGAACUUCUCAAUUUUGUGCAGAAGAAAAUCCUAGAUAUGGAGAAAGAAUGGGAUUCAGAAGCAUCUUCCCAGGAUGCUUUGCUUUCAAGUGACCUGGAGGCAUGUGAGGAGUCUAUGGCCCUUCUUGAUGAAGUCAUUAUGUAUACCUUCCAACAGUGUGUGUAUUACCUUACUAAGACCUUGUAUGCAGCUUUGCCAGCCAUUUUGGAGAGCAAUCCUUUCACCGAUCCUGCCAGUUUCUCGGAUGUAGGAGAGCUGAGCAAUAUGCCAGAAGGCACACGUGGAACUCUCGCCAUUUACCAGGCUACAUUGGAUUUAACUCGGGAGUGUGAACUGCAUCCAGAUCUUGUGUCUCAAACAUUUGGAUAUCUCUUCUUUUUCUCCAAUGCAUCACUCUUCAAUACCCUAAUGGAAAAAGGUAACGGGGAACCAUUCUACCAGUGGUCAAAGGCUGUCCAAAUCCGCACAAACCUUGAUCUGGUUCUGGACUGGCUCCAAGGAAUAGGUCUUGGUGACAUUGCCACAGAAUUCUUCAGAAAGUUGUCAACAACAGUAAACUUGCUAUGCAUACCUAAAACCAGUCUCUUAAAGAUCUCCUGGAACACUUUGAGGAAUGAUUAUUCUGCACUAAGCACUGCUCAGCUGAACCACUUGUUGAGAAACUAUCAUCUGGGAGUGGGACGGUCACAUCCAGCUGCUUGGGACCCCCCUGAAGAGGAAAAGGAUGAGAUCACAAACACAGAUAUCUUUGAGAGUUUCACGGAUCAUCCUCCACUUAUCCUGCCCUGUGACAACUUCCGCAUGCAGCUAUCACAGCCAUUAACUGAUGAUGCCUUCCACAAGCAGCUAUGUCAUCUCCGAUCUUUUGUAUGGGACCUGGAGCAGAAAUCCUUGCCGGCUAACCAGAGGGCCCUGUACAGGGUGGACACCAGUCAGUAGAACAUCAUUAUGAUUGAAAAUGAAGUCAACGGACAAUGUAGAGCCUAAUGUAUUGCUUGAACUGUGUUUGCCUGUUCACAGAAAGGACAUUUUUAGACUGUCCAGGAAUAAGUGUUAAAAAGGUAUAAGACUCCAACCGCUGAACUUGAAAAGGUGAACCUAAAGGAAAUCUCCGAUAUCAAUAUUUCUUUAUAUUUAACCACAAUAUUAAAUGCACAUAAAAUUAUAUUAUUUGUUCAAGUUGUUCCAAAUCUAAAAAGAUCAGCACAUGUAUUCAUGGCAUUCACAACAUUCAGUAGGUAUUGCCACUGGUCAUUCUUAAAGAUCUGCCACAUUAUGACAGCCUUCUAUAGUAAAACAUAUUUGAUGUAGAAUGCAAUCAGUUACAAAACACUGCAGACUCCACAUCAUAACCUGCCUUUUAUGAUAGAAAGUGUACAAUGCAAGUGCGGUGCGGAGUAAACACUGCAGUGUUCAGCAGAUAAGGAUAUCGGCUCUCCAUUUUAAAUGGGCCCCUUAUUGUGGCCUUGCAUAUUUAGAUGACUUAUGUUGUUUUCUUCAAUCUUCUUUAUGAUGUUUCCAAUACACAUGUGGGUCUAGAAGAUAUGCAAAGAAUACUUAAUUGAAUUUUUUCCACUGAUAAGUGAAUAGUCACAGCCACAAAAGAUUUUGGAAUGUCUUUUUGGAAGCAUUUUCGGUGGUCUGAUUAUUAUUAUAAGUAUUGUCUAAAAAGUUUACACCGUUUGAUUUUCUCAGGAUAAGUAUGGCCAAACUAAGCAAUUGCACAAUCAAUUUAAAGAAUGCUUAUUGGCUUAUUAAUUAAGGCAACAAAGGCAGUGACCCAAACUUACCAAUCAGGCAUAUUUUUUUUUGCUCAGUGAACAGUAACAUCUGAUUGUUGCUAUGGAUAUCAUUCACUUAAAUCUGUCAUGAAAAAAAUAUUGUGGUGUUGAGCCUAUUUUCUGUACUUUCUGAGCCACUUUUUCAGGAGCAAGUAUGCAGAUCUGGAAAGUCAGAGAAACUUAAAUACCUGUUUUGGGUCUGAAAAUUUAUAAAGGCAUAAGGUCAGGAAAAAGAGCCUGUAUUCCACAAUGAAUGUUGUUACAAAUGAAUACAUUUUAAAGGCAUGGUCUACUGUCAGCUUUGCUCUACCCCUUCAUUAUUUAUAUGUCUGUUUUACUUGGUGUAUAAUGUUGAGCUCACUAACAUUUGCCUUCCAUUAAAACUUCCGAAAGAUAGGACAUAAAGGA